AUGGAGACGGCCGCGGCCGCGGCUCCGGGCCCGGGCUGGGCCGCCGAGGGGGAGCGGCGGCGGCGGCGCUGCUCGCGCCGGGACCGCGACCGGGAGCAGCGGCGGCGGCGCGGGCCCGGCGGCGACGCGCCCCGGGCCCUGCUGGCCGCCCCGCGCGGCUCCUCGUCCUCGUCGUCGCCGCCGCCGCCCGCCAGGCCCUGGUCGUCCGCCUCGUCCGGGGAGCGGCCCGGGGGCCCCCGGCGGCGGCGGCCUCGGCCCCGGCCCCGGCCCCCGCGCCCCCGCGCCAGGAAGCGCCCCGCCGGCUCGGGCAGCCGCGGCGAGGAGGAGGACGACGAGGAGGACGGCGGCGCCGACGACGGCGAGGCCGAGGAGGAGGCCGAGGAGGACGACGAGGAGGAGGAGGACUUGAUCGAUGGCUUCGCCAUCGCCAGCUUCGCCAGCCUCGAGGCCUUGCAGAAGGACGCGUCGCUCCAGCCCCCGGAACGACUGGAACAUCGGCUGAAGCAUUCUGGAAAGCGGAAGAGGGGGGGCUCCAGCGGGGCCACUGGGGAGCCAGGGGACAGCUCGGACCGGGAGCCUGGCCGGCCCUCUGGGGAUCGGGCACGAAAAUGGCCCAAUAAACGGCGAAGGAAGGAGGCCUCCUCUCGGCACUCUCUGGAAGCUGGAUAUAUAUGUGAUGCAGAAAGUGAUCUGGACGAGAGGGCCUCUGAUGAUGACCUCGAUCCAUCCUUUACUGUCUCAACCAGCAAAGCCUCUGGCCCUCUUGGCGCCUUCAAUGGGAACUGUGAAGCAAAACUCUCCGUAGUCCCUAAAGUGUCGGGCCUGGAGCGGAGCCAGGAACAGCCCCCUGGGCCCGACCCGCUGCUAGUGCCUUUUCCCCCAAAGGAACCACCACCUCCACCAGCCCCUCGACCUCCUGUCUCACCUCCCGCAACCUUGCCAACUGCUCCCAGUCUGCCACCUCCAUCCCAGCCCCAGCUGCAGCUUCGGGUUUCGCCCUUUGGCCUCCGCACUUCUCCCUAUGGCAGCAGCCUGGACCUCAGCACUGGCAGCUCUUCACGGCCGCCCCCCAAGGCCCCGGCCCCUCCCGUGGCUCAGCCUCCCCCCUCAUCAUCCUCUUCGUCCUCUUCCUCCUCAUCUGCCUCCUCCUCGUCCGCACAGCUCACCCACCGGCCCCCGACGCCCUCACUACCCCUGCCUUUGUCCACCCACAGCUUCCCCCCCCCUGGGCUGCGGCCCCCACCACCACCCCACCACCCUUCCUUGUUCUCCCCUGGCCCCACCCUGCCCCCACCCCCACCCCUGCUGCAGGUGCCAGGGCACCCUGGGGCCUCAGCUGCUAACGCCCUUUCUGAGCAGGACCUGAUCGGCCAGGACCUGAACUCUCGCUACCUGAAUGCCCAGGGUGGCCCCGAGGUGGUGGGGGCAGGGGGCUCGGCCCGGCCCCUGGCCUUCCAGUUCCACCAGCACAACCACCAGCACCAGCACACCCACCAGCACACCCACCAGCACUUCACCCCUUACCCCCCGGGCCUGCUGCCACCCCACGGCCCCCACAUGUUUGAGAAAUAUCCAGGAAAGAUGGAAGGCCUUUUCCGGCAUAAUCCGUAUACGGCCUUCCCUCCCGCAGUGCCCGGCCUGCCUCCGGGCCUCCCGCCAGCUGUCUCCUUUGGCUCCCUGCAGGGCGCCUUCCAGCCCAAGAGCACGAACCCUGAGCUGCCACCACGACUGGGGCCAAUGCCGAGCGGGCUUCCCCAAAAGGGAACACAGAUCCCUGACCAUUUCCGGCCACCUUUGAGGAAACCAGGGAAAUGGUGUGCCAUGCAUGUGCGUGUGGCUUACAUGAUCCUGAGACACCAGGAAAAGAUGAAGGGUGACUCCCACAAGCUUGACUUUCGGAAUGAUCUCCUGCCCUGCCUUCCGGGUCCCUAUGGGGCCCUGCCCCCUGGGCAGGAGCUCUCCCACCCGGCCUCCCUCUUCACUGCGACUGGUGCCGUCCACGCUGCAGCCAACCCUUUCACGGCAGCUACCGGAGCCCACGGACCCUUCCUGAGCCCCAGCACCCACAUUGAUCCCUUUGGGCGUCCCACAAGCUUCGCCUCCUUGGCUGCUCUCUCCAAUGGGGCCUUUGGUGGCCUGGGCAGCCCCACCUUCAACUCUGGCGCCGUCUUUACUCAGAAAGAAAGCCCAGGGGCCCCACCAGCCUUCGCUUCCCCCCCAGACCCGUGGGGCCGCCUUCACCGAAGUCCUCUGGCCUUUCCAGCCUGGGUCCGGCCUCCUGAGGCUGCUCGGACACCAGGUUCAGAUAAGGAGCGGCCUGUGGAGCGGAGGGAGCCCUCAAUCACCAAGGAGGAGAAGGACAGGGACCUUCCCUUCUCAAGGCCCCAGCUCCGAGUUUCUCCUGCUACUCCUAAGACCCGAGCUGUUGAGGAAGGGGCCAGGCCAGCCAAGGAAUCAGUGCGGGUAAAGGAGGAGAGGAAGGAGGAGGCUGCUGCUGCCGCUGCCGCCGCCGCUGCUGCCGCUGCCGCUGCUGCUGCCGCCGCCGCUGCCGCCACCACUGGGCCUCAAGGCCUUCACCUACUGUUUGAGAGGCCUCGGCCACCACCCUUUCUGGGCCCUAGUCCUCCGGAGCGCUGUGCUGGCUUCCUGGAGCCAGCCUGGUUGGCAGGCCCACCUCGCCUUGCCAGACCACCUCGCUUCUAUGAGGCGGGUGAGGAGCUGACUGGACCAGGGGCUGUGGCUGCUGCCCGCCUCUAUGGUCUAGAGCCUACCCAUCCCCUGCUCUACAGCCGCUUGGCUCCUCCACCACCACCUACUGCAGCCCCAGGAACCCCACACCUUCUCAGUAAGACCCCACCAGGAGCCCUUUUAGGGGCACCACCUCCACUUGUGCCCGCUCCCAGGCCCAGUUCCCCACCUAGGGCCCCUGGCCCAGCCCGGGCUGACAGGUGAGAGAAGGGGAGGGGCAGGGGCAAAGCUCCACCCCCUUUCUGUUUGACAAGAUCCUAGAGCUAAGAUUUUAAGCCAGGGCUGGAGGGCAUAAGGUCAUGACCUUAUCAGCCACCUCUAGGGUCAUGAAACCGGGGAGCAGAAUUCCCAACCCCCUUGAGAUAAAGCAUCAGAUGGAUCUUGGGGUCAAUGGGAGGGCAGCAAUUAUAAGUCUAGAGAAAGAGAGUGUGUGUGUGGCUGUGUGGCUCUGGGUGUGUGGGUAUGAGUGUGUGAGAGAGGGAGAGAAAGAAAUGUGAGUAUACUUGAGGGGGGGUUACUAGAGGUCAAAGUUCAUGAUCUGGGAUACCUGAUCAACUCCCAUCUGAGGGCCCCUAGGCCCUUGGCCUGCUUCCCCAAGGGCUCAUUAAGCCAGAGGCCAAAGUGCCCCCCUCUCCCUCACCCACCACCCAAGUCCUCAUGCCCUCUCAGGGCUGGGGAAGGAGGGGCUAAAAGGAAGGGGGGUUCCAUGUACAUAUUUAUCUCCCCUUCCACAUAUCCCUCCAGACCUUUUGUACAUUUUUACAGGGGUGCCCCCACCCUAUAAUCCCCCUUCCUGGUUAAUUAAAUCCUCACACUGGUGCUGUGUUCCUAGCCUCUGGCCUCUCUGUUGGGGGAAGGGGAAUGCUGAUAGGGGGAAGAGCUGAGGAGACAGGAACCCAGGGCUUAUCCCUGACUAUGGGGUCCAGCAGGAGACGGACCAAAAGGGAAAGGGACCUGAGUACCUGGCUGGCUGGUCAGAAGGGCAGAUAGUCCUGCUUGGCUGAGAACCCAGGUCUUCUCUCCCCCACUUGUUCCUGUUACCUCUGUGUCUCCCAUCCCCAAAAGGCUCAACCUCUAAGCUUGAUUCCACCUCUUAGUGGCUUAGUCCCCCCACUCCAUUUCCAAGUGCCCCCAGGACUUCUGGGUCCUGUCCUUGAAAACCUGUUCCCCCAAAUCCUGCCCCAGGCUAAGAGAGGGCCAGAGAAGGUCACCAUGUACCACACACCAAAGAAGGGGGUCGGCCCGGGGUGGAACUCACAGGCAGCUUCUCUAGCAGCCUCAUGGCAGCAGCCCCAGCCUUCCCAAAGCAUUAGGUGCCCCCGGCUGGGGCCUAAUCUAGAAGGCAGAAGGCAGGGGUCAGUUUAACAAGAUCAGAACAUUGACUUUUUCCCCGGUGGGGCUUAUUCUGUAACAUGACUUGCGGAUAUUUAUAUAAAAAUGAGUGUUGCAAUGAG